AUGUUGAAUCUAUCGAAAGAAGGGCUUACCUUGCUUGUACAGAACCAUUAUGGUAUUGUCAUAGUUGCAAUGCUUUCAAUAGGAAUAGCAUCUCUUCUAUGGAAAGUUUGGGAAAGUACUGUCUCAACCGAUGAAGAUGGUAUUCCUGGCCAAUUGGGUUUACCUUUUUUUGGUGAAACCUUCUCUUUCUUUUCGGCUUCUUACAGCACAAAAGGAUGCUAUGAUUUUGUUAGGCAACGAAGAAAACGGUAUGGGAAGUGGUUCAAAACAAGGAUACUCGGCAAGACUCAUGUGUUUGUUCCAAGCAUUGAGGGGGCAAAAACGAUUUUAGCUAACGAUUUUGUUCAUUUCAACAAAUCAUAUGUGAAAUCAAUGGCAGAUGCAACUGGAGAGAUGAGCGUGUUUUCUGUACCACAUAAGAUCCACACAAGAAUAAGACGCCUUCUCUCUGAUCCUUUUUCCAUGAGUUCUUUAUCCAAGUUCGUAGGAAAAUUUGACAAGAUGCUGUGUGAAAGGCUGGAUAAACUCGAAAAAAGUGGGGAAAGCUUUAGAGUCAUUGACUUCAGCUUGAAGAUAACUUUUGAUGCAAUAGUGAACAUGCUAAUGAGUGUUACAGAGAAUCCCUUGCUAGAACAGAUUGAAAAAGACUGCACCGAUGUUUCCAAUUCCAUGUUAUCCAUUCCCCUCAUGAUUCCUGGCACCAGAUACUACAAAGGCAUGAAGGGACGCGUAAAGCUCAAUGAAAUCUUUGGCAAUAUGAUUGUCAGAAGACGGAGUGGAGAGGAGUAUUUCGAUGAUUUUCUGCAGUCCAUGGUAGAAAGAGAUUCGUAUUCUGCAGAUGAAAAGCUUGACGAUCAAGAGAUGAUAGAUAACCUAAUAACACUGAUACUUGCAGGGCAGACCACCACCGCAUCUGCUAUGAUGUGGUGUGUCAAGUUCCUAGAUGAUAACAAAGAACUCCUUGACAGGCUUAGGGAAGAACAAUUGUCAAUAGCCAGAAAUAAACCAGAAGGAGCCUCACUCACCCUUGAAGAUCUUAAUGAUAUGUCAUAUGGCUUCAAGGUUGUAAAAGAAACACUGAGAAUGGCGAAUGUCUUGAUCUGGCUUCCCCGUGUUGCAAUGAAUGACUGCAUAAUUGAUGGCGUUGAGAUAAAGAAAGGGUGGCUUGUAAACGUCGAUGCAACCUGUGUACACUAUGACCCUGAUGUGUACAAGGACCCUAGGCGGUUCAACCCAUCAAGAUUUGACGAAAUCCAGAAGCCCUACAGUUUCCUCCCUUUUGGAGCAGGACCAAGGACAUGCUUAGGCAUAAAUAUGGCAAAAGUGUUAAUGUUGGUCUUUGUGCAUAGACUGACUAGUGGAUACAAAUGGAAACUUGAUGAUCCAGAUAGUUCCCUAGAGAGGAAGGAACACAUACCACGACUCAGAAGUGGUUGUCCGAUAACCCUCAAGUUAUUGAACAUGGCAAAGUAA